GGAGGAAUAAAACAUACGGGAGGGAAAAAUAAACAGGAGAACCUGAGAGAACCCGAGGGGAACGGGAACCUCGGCCGCGUGAGAAGCCACCAGGACGUCAGCGCGCGCUUCAGACCCGGUUGGAGUUCUCAAGGACUUUCUGAGGAGCCGCGCGACGCGCCACAACUUUUGCUUUUGAUCUUUUUUUUCUCCGCGCGCCGCUCACCGUCCGCUCCUCGCAUGAAUCUCCUCGACCCCUACCUCAAGAUGACGGACGAGCAAGAGAAGGGUCUGUCCGACGCCCCGAGCCCCAGCGUGUCUGAGGACUCGGCGGGCUCCCCGUGCCCCUCCGCCUCGGGCUCCGACGGCGAGCGCGCCGCGGCCGAGAGCCGCCUCGGGGACUUCAAGAAGGACGAGGGCGAGGACAAGUUUCCCGCGUGCAUCCGCGAGGCCGUCUCACAGGUGCUGAAGGGUUAUGACUGGACGCUCGUGCCCAUGCCGGUGCGCGUGAACGGCUCGAGCAAGAACAAGCCGCACGUGAAGAGGCCCAUGAACGCUUUUAUGGUGUGGGCGCAGGCGGCGCGGAGGAAACUGGCGGACCAGUACCCUCAUCUCCACAACGCGGAGCUCAGCAAGACCCUGGGCAAGCUGUGGAGGUUGCUGAACGAUGUGGAGAAGAGGCCUUUUGUGGAGGAGGCGGAACGCCUGCGCGUGCAGCACAAAAAGGAUCACCCAGACUACAAAUACCAGCCCCGGAGGAGGAAGUCAGUGAAGAACGGCGCAGGCGAGGUGGAGGAGGGCGCAGAACAUGGGCACGUGUCGCCCAACGCUAUCUUUAAAGCUCUGCAGCAGGCCGACUCCCCCGCAUCCAGCAUGGGAGAAGUGCACUCCCCCAGUGAGCAAGGAGGCCAGUCCCAAGGUCCCCCGACUCCCCCCACCACCCCCAAAAUCGAUGUACAGCCAAGCAAAGUAGACCUGAAGCGCGAGGGCCGGCCACUCCAGGAGGGCAGCGGACGCCAGCUCAACAUUGACUUCCGUGACGUGGACAUCGGUGAACUGAGCAGCGAUGUCAUCUCGCACAUGGAGAGCUUCGACGUGACCGAGUUCGAUCAGUACCUGCCCCCAAACGGGCACCCGGGAGCCACAUACGUGGGCGGAUAUGGCCUGGGCCAGGCAGCGGGGGGCGGCUGGAUGAGCAAGAACCAGAGUGGAAGCCCUCAGGGCGCGCAGCAGCAGCAGCAGCAUUCCCUAACCCAGCUGGGCACCGGGAGCGGCGGAGAUCAGGGCCAGCAGAGAAACACCACUCACAUCAAGACAGAGCAGCUGAGUCCCAGCCACUACAGCGAGCAGCAGGGCUCGCCACAGCAUGUCACCUACGGUUCCUUCAACCUGCAGCACUACGCCGCCUCCUCCUUCCCCUCCAUCAGCCGGGCACAGUACGACUACGGUGACCAGCAGGGCGGUGCCACCUCCUACUAUAGCCAUGCUGCAGGCCAGGGCUCCAGUCUCUACUCUACCUUCAGCUACAUGAGCCCCAGCCAGAGGCCCAUGUACACCCCCAUCACCGACUCCACCGGCGUGCCCUCCGUCCCGGCAGCCGGCCACAGCCCCCAGCACUGGGACCAGCAGCCCGUGUACACACAGCUCACAAGACCCUGACCAUUUAGACUGUUCAACAAGGCUGAUGACUCGUUAUGCCUCGUUAACUCUGUAAAAACAGACAUUUGAGGAAAGCUGGACUUCAAAAAAGACUCACAUUGUGCCUUCAGAAAAACCUGAUGCCAUGAGUAGAUAUAUAUUUUUAGCCUUGAUUACAAGAAAAAACAUUUUUCUGAGAAAAAGGUUCCUCUGUGAGGAAUAAUUAAUUAUUGUACUUUAGUAUGUACUGUGUAUGUUUGCUGGCACUUCACUAUAGGGCGUGCAUGACACACAAGCUCAUCAUGACAACUGACAUAAACCUGAAUAAACGUUUACAGAUGUCAUCUGUCAUAAAAGCUGCCUUUGUCAACUCUGAUGUCACGUUAGCAGUUUUAUGACAUGGGGUUGUUGGUUUAUAGCUCACAGUGAUAUAAUGCUGAUGAUAUAGAAAAGCAGGCGCUGGGCAAAAUGACUAUCAGCAUUGUGAUAAAUCAUGUCAUAAUAUGCAUUUGUAGACUUCUCACAGUCCAGUUUAUCUGGAUUUGGUGCCAAAUAUUGCAAAAUAAUUGAUAACAUUUUUAAAAUUUAACACUACUGGCUCUUCUUUCUCUGUUCCAACUGAUCAGAUGUCUGAACCAGUAAAUAUAGCGACAUAUCAUGCAACGUGAAAAUUUCUUGAAGUAUCACAAGACUCAAUUUUUGCUAUAUUGCCCACCUCGUUGGUAUAGUUUACUUUUUAUAUGUGGUAGGAUUGGCCAGCUGUCAUGUUAUCAGCAUUGUGAUACUGUGCUGGACACUGAAAAGGUUCAAUGACGUAAAAAAUCAACAGAUACUUGACAUACAGCUUUUAUGACAAACGAUGCCUGUUGAAAUGAGCCUUUCAUUGCUGUCCAAAAUAAACGAGUGUCUCCAGUCCACCAUGGUUGGAGCGCAGCAGCUGUCCUUUACAUUCUGUGAAAAUGUGAUAAUGAUUGGACCAAAAGAAACCAAAAUGUCUUGGAACGAAAUCUCGUCAUGAACUUGCAUUGGCCUUAAAGAACAUUUUUGCCUUCUCCUGUAAACCUGCCAUGAUUUUCAUGUGAUAUUGUUUACGCAGGUUCAUGUGUGUCAUGCAGCCUUAUGAACACCUCCUACAGUGAUGUGUAACUAUGUUUUCUUGCCAUUGGCUGAUUGGAGGGGAUUUUAUGCCAUUUCUCUUAAAAGAAAGGUCUAUUUUUGCUAAACUAAACCACUCCUAGCAGCCCUGUCUCAUUCGCAUCUGCAUCUGAAUCAUUUGUCGGCCUGUUUUCUCGUCUUCAUGCGUUGUAGGUUGCGUAGGUUUAUUUAUCUUUCCUGUAAAGCAUUCCUAAAAGGGCCAGGCAGGAGUUUUGAGCGUGCACCAUCAGUGCCUGGUCCAAGGGUUUGGGGGUGAUUUUGAGGGGGGCAGGGUUUGGCUAAAAGGAAAAGUACACCAGCAGCUGAGAAUUUACUCCUGUGACAGGAAACGACCUCUGAUCCCCAGGUUGUCCAGUCUUGCCAGCCCUGUCUUCCCACCCCCACCUUCCCAUUCUGUCAAGUCUUAACCCUUCUAAUUUAUUUAUUAGCAUUAAUUUUAUUUCAAAGUAAUUAUGUGCAUUGUAUUCGUUAAUACUUUAAAGGACUAAUUGUUUUUUUUUUUUUUUUCAGAAAUCGCCCCUCCAGGUUCCAUAGCAUAGUCGGCGUAAAGCCUGAGGGGCGCUACUUAAUAUGGUACAGUUUUGUAAUCGUGUUUAUUUAUCAUAUGUAGAUGUUUCUAUUUUAAAUGUUGUUUUUUCCUUUUGUGUGUGUGUGUGUGUGUGUGUGUGUGUGUUAGCCAAACGCAUAUUGAUGAAGUACUGUUUCCAUUCCGAAAGUAAGGCUCAGUUGAAAGCAAGGCUCAACUGGACCAGUUCAAUUUCCUUUCAUCAGAAAGUUUCAUAAAGCUCUGAAGCGGUGAUUGUUUCGUUUUUGUUUGCUUGUUUUUUUUUUUGUUUAGAGACGCCAAUAUGUUCCAUCUAAUCUCUCCUAAGAGUUACUCCUUAUUCCAUGCCACGUAUCUGAGAACUGAUGUUACUGGUCAUCCAACCAUUGUUUUCCUUGCAUCAGAUUUAAAGAUUUCCUUUGAAGAAGUUCAUCUUUUUAUGAUAUUUGCAAUAAAAGAAGAAAGUGUAAAAAACCAAA